CUCAUUUAUAAAUUCUAUAUAUUCAACUGGAUCAGAAUACUUUUGUUCACACAGAGAAGACAGCCAUGGAAGUUGACCACAGAAAAACAACCCAGAUGAAGCAGGAAGAUAAGGGAGACGAUCGCCACUGCAAACAAGAGGUUGUGGAUGAUAAGGAAGAUGAGAAGCAGUUUGAGUUAACAAAAACCGAAAUGGGUGAGGUGAGGGAAGAAAACCAGAGGCUAAGACUGCACCUUGACCAGAUCAUGAAGGAUUACCAGAACCUUCAAAAGAAAUUCCAAGACAUCCUCCAUCAACAACAAGAAACGACGUCGUCAACUCCUCAUGUUGCCCCCACGAACGAACAACCACAAAUCAACGAUGAAUCUGAACUUGUUUCUCUCAGUCUCGGAAGGACUUCGUCAACAGAACUGGUCAAGAAAGAUAAGAUCAGAAGUACGACUCCACCAACCAAAAAUGCGGAAGGGUUAGGUCUUGGACUCGAAUACGGAAAAUUUGAAUUGUCAUCAACUACACAAGCCGAAUCUUCAGUCAAUCCGAGCCCUGAGAAUAGCUUGGAUCAGGAAGCUAAAGAUGAAGCUGGCGAGACAUGGACACCACAGAAACCUUCGACUCCGAAGAGAAGUGCAGAUGAUCAAGAUGUUCAGCAAAACCCUGCCAAGAAAACUAGGGUUUCUGUUAGGGUUCGUUGUGAUACGCCAACGAUGAAUGAUGGAUGUCAAUGGAGAAAAUAUGGACAAAAGAUCGCAAAAGGAAAUCCAUGUCCACGAGCAUAUUAUCGUUGCACUGUUUCUCCGACUUGCCCAGUUAGGAAACAGGUACAAAGAUGUCCUCAAGAUAUGUCGAUUUUGAUCACCACGUAUGAAGGAACACACAACCACCCACUUGCAGCUUCCGCCACUGCUAUGGCUUCCACCACCUCCGCAGCCGCCAGUAUGUUAACCUCCGGCUCCUCAACCUCCGGAGCAAAUUCAAACCCUAACACUGUCACCACCUCUCACGGCCUAAACUUUUAUCUCAACGAGAACUCAAAAUUACAGCCGAUUUACUUGCCACAUUCUUCUAUAUCGCCAUCACCCUCAUGCCCAACUGUCACACUUGAUCUUACUUCGAACACGCUUUCCACAUCAUCACCAUACAGCUACCGGUCGCCACCAAUGGCUACCACUUUCCCACCAAGAUAUUCUACGACAAAUCUGAAUUUUAGUUCUUUAGAGUCUAACGCAUUGCCAAUUUCUUGGAGCAAUGGCCACCUCAAUUAUGGGAAAAAUCAAAUGGGGUCCCUCAACUUUGGAUCAACACAAGCUCAAGAAAAUAUCUACCAUUCUUACAUGCAAAAUAAGAACAUGAUGGCAACUGCAACCGCUAAUCAACAUUCUCUACAGCCAGACACCAUUGAAGCUGCAACAAGAGCUAUCACAGCAGACCCUAAUUUCCAAUCGGUUUUACAGGCAGCAUUGACAUCAAUAAUUGGUGGUGGUGGGGUGGGGCUUCAAAGCGGAGGUGAGAAGUCCGACCAAAAUAUAAAACUUGGAGAUACGUUUCCAGUGUUUUCGAGCUUUCCUUCAACUUCAAACACAAACAAAUGUUCAUCAAGCUUCUUCAACAAGUCAACGGCAGCAACAUUGCAACCUGCUGGUUCUAAUUCGUUGCCGAUUUCUAACUCAAGGAGUAAAUCAACUUCUCCGGAAAAAAGCAGAGAUCAUGUGGUUUGAUGAAUUAAUGUAAUUAUGGGUGCAUUAUUGGAUUAUAUUUUUUGUUAUUUUGGAUAAAUAGUCAAUGAUAGAUGAUCACACAAUUGUAAUUAAUACGUUAUAAAAUCUAGGCAAUGGGUGAUGUAUUGUGAAGAAAAUUGUGCAAGUAAUUGCUUUGUCAUAUUAGGCUUAUCAUUUUUUAGGACAAAAUAGACGAAUA